GAGACAGAAAGAAUCAGUCAAAAAAACGACGUAAUUAGUAGAGCAAUUGUCGCGUGUUGUCGAAGAAAAACCACCGACGGAAACAUAUACAACAUUUUCGAGGAAAAGCGAACACAACAACGGCGCAAUUUAGCUCUGCCUUUGGGACUUUUCCUCCCUUUCCCUCAGCGCAGUAUCCUUGAUGUCCUCGGGCAAAGGUCAUGUGUGCGAAUGGGCAAUCUUUGGCCAUGCUGGAGCCUCCUGGUGUGAAACAGUAUGAGUAUUCGUGCAUAGGAACGACGAGCGGAGGCGGAUAGAGGCCGAGAUAAGCGACAAAGUAAAGUACCUGACCUGCGUUCAUUUUGCCACACACUCACCCAAGGACCACUGUUUCUUCGCUCAGCAGGCGGUACAUGUUGCAACAUGGUUUGUAACAGUGAGCCUUUCAUCGUCACCAAACAAACAUGGAGACUGAAGAUUGUAGGGGGUUUGCAUGGGGUUAAGCAUAACAUAGCAUAUGGAGACUGUGGUUAAGUAUAAAAAUGAAUAUACCGGCGCGUCACGGUGCAAAUCAUCACGAACUGUUCGUUGGGAUAGGACGAUCAGCAGCAGACGAAUCAAAUAGUAACAUAGCAACCGUUUUUCAUCGACAAAGUCGUGUCGAAAUGUGCAACAGUGUCAGAACAGCGCUAGCGGCGAGCAACUGCUGCAGCAUUGUACUAUGCUGCGUGCUACUGCUGACCUUAACGCUCACUGUGGCUGUUACUGCACAGCACAACCAGGCCGACGAAACGUGUGAAACGCUCCCGUCGGAAAUUCAUCUCAUAAAAGAGGAAUACGAUGAGCUGGGACGACUCUACCGUACCUGCAACGGAGACGUAACGGUCAACAAAUGUGAGGGAAAAUGCAACAGCCAGGUCCAGCCGUCGGUGAUAACGGCGACCGGCUUUUUGAAAGAGUGCUACUGCUGCCGGGAAUCGUUCCUGCGCGAACGGCAACUGCAACUAACGCACUGUUACGAUCCGGAUGGCGUCCGGAUGACUGACCACGAGUCUGCUACGAUGGAAAUUCGCCUUAAGGAACCGGUUGAUUGCAAGUGCUUCAAAUGUGGAGAAAUGGUUCGCUAAUUGUAACUGCCAUACGAUGAAAGAGACAAAAAAGAGAGAGAAAACGGAGGUCCUCGACAAGUCGGCAAAAUGAUAGCAUCUAAGCAUUUCCAGCACACUGCCCUUCAGAUCGUUCUAAAGUUCUAAGCACCGUCGUUAAACUACCACUUGGAAGCCAUUGAAAAGCAGCAUCGCUUCCGUAGCGUGUAACCGCCGUAUACAGAGUAUUGAAAAUAAAGCAAUGAAAAUAUUA